AAAAUGAACGGCAAGCUAGAAGCGAAAGAAAUUUUCGAGCUAGUGAAUAUGUAUGACCCUUCGCGACCAACCAGCUCGUCGCCAACUCGUGUCAACCGCAACGAUGACGGUACCGAUGCCAUUCUACGAAAAGUUGGCCUUUGACAGCACGCUCGGUUCAUAUAUAGAGUUCCCGACUCCUUCAGAUGCUAUGAUUGCCAGUCUCUGUCUUGCUCACGGUGUGGACCUUAAGACUAUGGAUGCUAUUUUCGACGUUGUACGGAACACGAACUUUGACCCGAAGGAGCUCAAUUUUCUUGGAACCGAGGAUGUCUAUUUACACGCAGCCAAGCGACGAUGUAGGAGGGCUGUCUAUCUCACGAAUCGUGGAUUCUGUAGUCAGGCUACGUCCGGCGGGUUUCCACAAGCAAUUCUUGACGGUGUCACCGACGUUAUAGGUGACGAAAUCGAAUGUGUAUCUCGCUGGUCUUUGAAUGGGAAUGGAGUAUCAGAUAAUGGCAGUGGGAGUGUUAAGAGGGUUGGUGAACUUCGAAAGGAUCUGUUGAAUAUGUCUCUCGUGCGGCGAAGCUGGCUUAUACCUGCACGACGUGCUCUCGGACGCUGCGUCGAACUGAACAAUCCAUCUCGGAAAGUGGCAAUGGAAUUUUUAAGGCAACCGAUUUAUGGGCCAUGGACACGGCAACUGUCCGUUGUUGCACUCGAAGAUUAUGAUGCUACUGGUCUCAUCCGACCGCUGAAGAAGGCCCUCUUGGAGAGGUUGACUUCAGUGAGCUCGAUGAGUCUUACGGUCCGGAGCUGCGAUGCAAUCGCGUUCUCCGAGCUGUUUCACGUUAUACCGAUGGUCCGGGAUUUCAAGCUCGAGAUCUGUCCACAUGCUCGCGAUUACCUCCCAAUACCCGAUGCACUCUUUUCGUCCUUCGCGUUUCUGCCUCGCCUUCGGAGUCUGUCCCUGAGGCUCUACAACUGGUCACCUAGCGGUCUAUCUGCAAUUUCGCUCCCUAUGGAACUUCUGCCCAUCACGCACUUGCCAGACUUGUGCUCGGUUCACAUUCUCGCUUAUACUACGUCGGAACGUCUUUCCUGGACACGCGGUGCUGAUGACGUCUUCCACCUACAUACAGUUGAAAAGAAUUUGGGGCGAAGAGGUCGGCCGACACAUGAACAUCCGUUCGCAACCCUCGAGAGUGUCGCCCCGCUUCUCGUGCAUGUCACUAGCCUUCUAUUACGGUCUCCCGAGUCUGGAAACGUUGUGCUUCCCCAGUUACUCCCAUGCAGCAAUACACUCCGAAGGCUCUGCGUUACAUCGGACGAAUUUCCUUCUCCUGCAGUUUUCACAUCCAUUCCGUCAUCCACGGGAGAACUUACGAUUGGGUUUUCAAUGGACCUCCGAAAGUAUCCUGAUACAGAACAUGAACCUUGGGAGAUGUUUGAUCGUCGAUUGCUAGCGUAUCUAGAAACCGACCAGACGAAGAAUUUAUGGUCUCUACACGUGUGCAUGUGCUCGGAAAAUGAAGGCUUCCUUGUACGUACAAGGAGCGGGUAUCGUUUCAGGGUACUACAGGAUAUCAAACUUCCGAAAAGCGAGUGUUACUGCAAGGAGCGGGGCAUCGAAUGGAAGUUCACGCAUGGCAUGGAUAGACUACGGGGUCAUUGGUUUGACUAGACUGGGCUCUCACGGGCAGAGUCCAAGACCCUAUAUAGAACAGCCAAACUCCCUAUCGAAUCGCAUGACUUAUUUUUAUGUUCUGCUUGCCCCUCCCGUUUCUCCUCUAGAAGGGCAUUAGUAGCCCAUAAAAAACGUGCACACCCC